CCAAACGGCCCUGAGUGUCUAGCGUCUCCCUCUCGUCCUCUCCAUUUCUCCCAUCUCCGCCUCAGACCAACCGAAAAGUUCUCAUCUCUCUCUUUUCAGGUUAAAUUUCUGUCGUAAGUUACGAGAUGCCUUCUGCUCAAGAUCCAUUUUAUGUAGUGAAAGAAGAGAUUCAAGAAUCUAUUGAUAAGUUGCAAUCUACUUUUCACCAAUGGGAGCGUAUUUCUUCUGAUACUGGAGAGCAAGUACAUCUCACAAAGGAGCUGCUUUCUGGUUGUGAGAGCAUUGUGUGGCAGGUGGAUGAAUUGGACAAAACAAUUUCUGUAGCAGCUAGAGAUCCAUCUUGGUAUGGCAUUGAUGAAGUGGAACUUGAAAAACGAAGAAGAUGGACCAGCACUGCUCGUACUCAGGUGGGUGCCGUAAAGAGAGCAGUAGAAGCGGGAAAGGAGUUGAAUGGGACUGGCACUGCUAGUAUGAGUGGAAUGCGCCGAGAACUAAUGAGGAUGCCGGGUUCUCACCAGACAGAUAGAUCUAACCACUACGCUGCCCAAGACAAUGAUGACCUCAUAUCAUCAGAGUCAGAUAGACAGCUGCUUCUGAUAAAGCAGCAGGAUGAAGAGUUAGAUGAACUUAGUGCCAGCGUGGAGAGAAUCGGGGGUGUUGGGCUUACUAUACAUGAAGAGCUCCUUGCACAUGAGAAAAUUAUAGAUGAAUUGGGUAUGGAAAUGGACAGUACAUCAAAUCGUCUCGAUUUUGUUCAGAAAAAGGUUGCUAUGGUCAUGAAGAAGGCUGGUGUGAAGGGCCAGAUUAUGUUGAUAUUAUUUUUGGUGGUUCUGUUUAUCAUCUUAUUUGUGCUCGUCUUCCUCACUUAGGCUGUAGAAUGAAACAUGUUAGCAAUGUUUAUACAUGGGAGAAUUUGAAAGAGAUUUGGGAAUCUCUCUUGGGGAAGAGAGGAAGAAAGAGAGGAGAUAGAGGACCUCAUCCAAAAUAUAGAUAAGAGCGAAACGAUUUGAUUGGUACUCUGGUUUGUUGAGUAAAAAAGAUUUGGAACCAAAUGAAGGAUCUGCCUUUUUGUUCUUUGCAAUUUCUCAGAUCAGCAUUGUAUUAUUCUUAUUAUGUAAAACAGCAUUGUAUUAUUCUUAUCAUUUAUUCCUC